GAUUUUGUCCAGACCUAGGUCAAAUUUCGAAUGGUCAAGUUAUUGAAACACACCCUAAUAUCGGACAGGCGGCCGUGGAAUUUCGUUGCAAUGCAAAGUUUCGACUGGUCGGUACACCAAGGCUGGAAUGCGUUGAUGGAAGGUGGAACGGAAAGCUACCGUUUUGUGAGAGGCUCAAGUCGUGUCCACGUCUUCGAGCUCCUCCUAACGUUACCCUUCAUGGAUCUGACACUACUCAUGGUGCCCAAGCAAACUUCGCCUGUUUGACAGGAUUUGAUCUAUUUGGGUCGCCCACUUUGACAUGCAAUGAUGGAGUUUGGAGUGCCAACGUACCAACUUGUAAAGCCUAUUGCCAGAAGAUUAAGGAUCCGCCAAAUGGUCGAAAAUUUGGAACAAGCUUUUCUCAUAGUCGAGUUGUUUCGUUUGAGUGUAAGCUUGGAUUCGAAUUGGUUGGAGAUCGUGCACUGCGCUGUAACCAUGGCAUAUGGAAUUCCAGUGUUCCAGUAUGCAAAGCAACGCUAUGCUCAAAACCUACCUUUUCGAGUAACGCUUACAUCAUUUAUCCUCAAACAAAUCAUGUGAACUACACUCAUGGGACUCACGUUUUUCUGGCCUGUCGCGAAGGAUAUUACCUAAAGGGAUCGCCAAUCAUGGUUUGCAACCAGACUAUGUGGCUUAAGAGGGAAUUCAGUUGCAUUGCUUCCUGUCCUGUCGUGGAUUCAAUAAAGAAUGGUAUCAUCACACACGCUACUUUGAAGGAAGGUGGUGAGAGCCUUGCCCAGACCCUGGCCGUCCUCAUCAAGGAAACAAGAUUGGUGAUGACUUUCGUCAUGGUAAACCAGUUACAUUCACGUGUCGUGGAGAUUACAUAA